UAAGGAAGGUGAGAAUAUGUUCAACUCAAUUUACAUUUACAUAUCCAUGAUAACGCUGCUGGUGUUUGCCACCAUGAACGAGGACCAAUUACUCCAAAUAGCUCAGAUGGUUAUCAGCAGAGAAGCAGCGAUUAAACAACUGAAAGAUAAGAUUAUUCUUGAAACUGGAGGAAAAGGCAACAGCACCAUUGAGAACUAUAUCAGCUGUUGGAAAACGCAUUAUGAAAACUACUUUGGACACAUAUUAUUCGAAGAGGCCAAAAACGGACCUGAGGAUUAUGGUACCUUCACUGUGAAACAUUCUCUCCGACAAUGUAUGAAGAAAGAGGCCAAUGCUCACACAGCUCAAUGGCGAUCAGUAUCAGCAGCAGUCGACUGUGAACAUUAUAAACCAUCAGGAAACAAAAAAGAUCUUCAGGAAUUGAAGAGUAAUAUAGAAAUUUCAUACCGCCGCAGAAUGCUCUUUGGUAAUAUUAUGUUGCUCAAGAAAAUUCAUGAAACUCUCGCUGAGAAGUUGACACG